AUGUCCUGGCUGCCCUGCCCCCAGGAGGGCCCUGUGGAGCCAGAGACCUUCCUGCGAGCCGCCGUCCAGGGAAAAAUCCGCGUCAUCGAGAAGUUUUUGGCAGAUGGAGGCUCCCCAGACACAUGUGACGAGUUCCACCGCACGGCCCUGCACCGCUCCGCGCUGGAGGGACACAUAGACAUCCUGCAGAAACUGCUGGACAGCGGCGCCACCGUCGACUUCAGGGACCGGCUGGACUGCACUGCCGUGCACUGGGGCUGCCGGGGGGGACACCUGGACGUGGUGAAGCUGCUGCAGGACCGCGGCGCGGACCUCAACCUGAAGGACAAGCUGCUGAGCCCCCCCCUCCAUGUGGCCACCCGCACCGGCCACCUUGACAUCGUGGAGCACCUCAUCCACUGCGGGGUGCACAUCAACUCCGCGGACAGGGAAGGUGACACGGCUCUGCACGAUGCCACACGCCUCAGCCGCUACAAGAUCAUCAAGAUGCUCAUCCUGCACGGGGCCGACAUGAUGGCUAGGAACAUGGAGGGCAAGACCCCCACGGACCUGGUGCAGCAGUGGCAGGUGGACACGCGCCAGGCCCUGGAGACCAAGGAGCGGCCGCAGGAGGAGACGGAGGUCCCCGCGUGACGGAGCCGGGGCCCAGCUUGGCUCUGAGGGGCU